AUGAGUCGAGGAAGAAAGUCAAAGGUGCAGGAAAAUGUGCCCAGCAACCUCCUGAGAAUCCAAGAGAAUGAAAGAGUGGUGGACCUCCUUGGGCAGAAAUGCGUGACUUUGGCGACAGCAGUGGCUCAGCUGUACAUGGCAUUGCCCCACAGCCCAGCUCACUGGAGUCUGCAGCACACGGGGGUGGUGUGCUUUGUAAAGGACAACCCUAAACGCUCCUACUUCAUUCACCUUUUUGACAUAAAGGUGGGAAAGAUGAUUUGGGAGCAGGAGUUGUAUAAUCAGAUGACCUACCUUAGCCCUAAACCAUUCUUCCAUACCUUUGCUGCUGAUGACUGUCAGGUGGGCCUUAAUUUUGCAAUCGAGCAGGAAGCUGAUUCUUUCCGUGCGGUAGUGGAAGACAAAAUCAACCUAAGGGCUCAACGCCAAGAAAAAAGACAUCAAGCAUCACCAUCAAGUGAGGAAAAGCUAACUUUGCCUCCCUUGCCUCCACAAAAUGGUCCUGGAGUUUCACCAGGCCACAUAGUCACAGAAGACAUCCAGAAUCCUGACAUUUUGGCAUCCCGUUAUCAGCCCACAACAGUUCCCACACCUGUUCCAGCUUGCCUCAAGAACAAGAAGGAUAAGAAAGGCAAGAAAAAAGGACUGAGACUCACAAAGACUAAUACUGAAGCUCCCAGUGGAUUCAAGCAUGUGACACAUAUAGGAUGGGAUCCAAACUCAGGCUUUAAUACCACAAACUUGGACCCUGACUUGAAGAAGCUUUUUGCUUGUGCUGGAAUCAGUGAUGAUCAGCUAACAGAUAAAGAGACCUCCAAACUCAUUUAUGACUUCAUUGAGCAAUCAGGAGGACUUGACGCUGUCAAAGAGGAGAUGAGGAAACAAGAUGAGGCUGUAACAUCUAGGAGUAGAUCAGGUCCCCCGCCACCAGUGCCUGGUGGUGCCCGUCCUGGCUCUGCUCCUGCUCCACCUCCUCCACGUGGAGAUAGGGGCCUCCCGCCUGUCCCAGGCCAACCUCCACAAGCACCUCCUCCAUCCCACAGCUCUGGACUCUCUGGAAAUAAUGGACCUUUCCCACCUCCACCUCUGAGUCAUAGCUCAAUGCCUCCACCUCCUUGUCAUGGUCUCCCACCCACCACCUGUAACAUCAAUGUGAAAAGGCAUGUGACACAUACGGGAUGGGAUCCAAACUCAGGCUUUAAUACCACAAACUUGGACCCUGACUUGAAGAAGCUUUUUGCUUAUGCUGGAAUCAGUGAUGAUCAGCUAACAGAUAAAGAGAUCUCCAAACUCAUUUAUGACUUCAUUGAGCAAUCAGGAGGACUUGACGCUGUCAAAGAGGAGAUGAGGAAACAAGCAAUGAGUCGAGGAAGCAAGUCAAAGGUGCAGGAAAAUGUGCCCAGCAACCUCCUGAGCAUCCAAGAGAAUGAAAGAGUGGUGGACCUCCUUGGGCGGAGAUGCGUGACUUUGGCGACAGCAGUGGCUCAGCUGUACAUGGCAUUGCCCCACAGCCCAGCUCACUGGAGUCUGCAGCACACGGGGGUGGUGUGCUUUGUAAAGGACAACCCUAAACGCUCCUACUUCAUUCGCCUUUUUGACAUAAAGGUGGGAAAGAUGAUUUGGGAGCAGGAGUUGUAUAAUCAGAUGACCUACCUUAGCCCUAAACCAUUCUUCCAUACCUUUGCUGCUGAAGACUGUCAGGUGGGCCUUAAUUUUGCAAACGAGCAGGAAGCUGAUUCUUUCCGUGCGGUAGUGGAAGACAAAAUCAACCUAAGGGCUCAACGCCAAGGUCAGUCAUAUACUCCCCUCCUCCCCUCUCCACGUGGUUUGCCUCCUUUACCGCCUCAAAAUGGUCCUGCAGUUUCACCAGGCCACAUAGUCACGGUAGACAUCCAGAAUCCUGACAUUUUGGCAUCGCGUUAUCGGCCCACAACAGUUCCCACACCUGCUCCAGCUUGCCUCAAGAACAAGAAGGAUAAGAAAGGCAAGAAAAAAGGACCGAGACUCACAAAGGCCGAUAUUGGAGCUCCCAGUGGAUUCAAGCAUGUGACACAUGUAGGAUGGGAUCCAAACUCAGGCUUUGAUACCACAAACUUGGACCCUGACUUGAAGAAGCUUUUUGCUUGUGCUGGAAUCAGUGAUGAUCAGCUAACAGAUAAAGAGACCUCCAAACUCAUUUAUGACUUCAUUGAGCAAUCAGGAGGACUUGACGCUGUCAAAGAGGAGAUGAGGAAACAAGAUGAGGCUGUAACAUCUAGGAAUAGAUCAGGUCCCCCGCCACCAGUGCCUGGUGGUGCCCGUCCUGGCUCUGCUCCUGCUCCACCUCCUCCACGUGUCCCAGGUCAACCUCCACGAGCACCUCCACCUCCGAGGGGACCUCUUCCACCUCCACCUCCGAGUCAUGGCUCAAUGCCUCCACCACCCCCUCCUAGUCAUGGUUCCUUGCCUCCACCUCCACCUCCUUCUCAUGCCUCCUUUCCUCCACCUCCACGUCAUGGAUCCAUGCCUCCACCACCACCUCCUGGCGCAGGACCACCACCUCCUCCUGCUCCACCUCCACCACCUCCUCCAGCUGCCCCUACCACUAUUUUCAGCAGUAGUCCUGCAAGUACAGCUCCACCUCCAUCAUCAUCAGGAGGAGGCAGAGGGGACUUACUGCUCCAGAUCCAAAGAGGCACCAAACUAAGGACUGUUUCGGACGCCUCAGAUAACCCCCCGCCGCAGGAGCAGCGUCCAGAGGGAAUAGUGGGAGCUCUCAUGUCCGUGAUGGAGAAACGGAACAAAGUCAUGCACUCCUCAGAUGAAGAGGAUGAUGAAGGAGGUUUUGAUGAGGAUGACGACGAAUGGGAUGACUAACUUUCGAUUACCCAGCAUUU